AUGGAGGAGUUUCAUGCCCUUGAUGACACAUGGAACACAGUAACCAGCUGUUUCACACAUUGCAAAAGCGUCGCCUGGCACUUCCUACACGUAAGAAGUGCCUCGUUCCUACUGAGUGCCGCAGGGCUCUCGCUAUCGCAGGCGCUCUGCACUCGGCCGCUGCAGCUCUCAAUAUCUGUUAUGAUAGCGGAAAGGGGGCAACACAUUACACAUACACUGCAGGAUCUCCGGUGGCACACCACCUAUUGCAGCCUUAGCAACCCAUCGCGCAGGAGAGACGACGAACAAGGAUUUUACCCGAGGAAACACAUGCAAAAGAAAGACGCAUACACUCCCAAGCUCAAAUUUUCGUCAACUGAGAAUAAACCUGAAGUAGAAAUGAAACUGAGGUGGACAUGUUCCUCGCGCGGCACAGAGCGUGAUAAGACUAUUCUCAUGUUGCAAAGAGAUUUUUCGGCGAAGAUGUACUUGGCAAGAGAAAGCUGCCUGGUGCUGAAGGACAUUAUCGAGAAGUACUUCGUUUCCCCGACGUUGCUUCGAGUGGUUCGCGUGGCGAAGGUGGGGCGAGUCCUGCGUCUGGUAAAGGGAGCCAAGGGUAUCAGGACGCUCCUCUUCGCCUUAGCCAUGUCCUUGCCCGCGCUCUUCAACAUCUGUCUGCUGCUUUUCCUCGUUAUGUUCAUCUUUGCAAUCUUCGGCAUGUCAUUCUUCAUGAACGUCAAACACACUGGGGCCUUGGACUCUGUUUACAACUUCGAGACGUUCUUCCAGUCUUUCAUUUUGCUGUUCCAAAUGAUGACGUCAGCUGGGUGGGAUGGUGUACUUUCUGGCAUUAUCAAUGAGAGGGACUGCCGGCAGCCUGAUCCGGAGACCGGCGAUCCUGGUAACUGUGGUAGUCAACCCAUUGGUAUCGCUUACCUAAUGGCCUACCUGGUAAUGACCUUCCUCAUCAUUAUCAACAUGUACAUCGCUGUCAUCCUCGAGAAUUACUCCCAGGCAACAGAAGAUGUGGAAGAAGGUCUCACCGACGAUGACUACGAUAUGUACUAUGAGAUCUGGCAGCAGUUCGAUCCCAAAGGCACACAGUUUAUCGAAUUCUCUGCUCUCUCUGACUUCAUGGAUGUACUAGAGCCUCCCCUUCAGAUUCACAAGCCAAACAAGUACAAAAUCGUGUCAAUGGAUAUCCCCAUUUGCAAAGGAGACCUUGUAUUCUGCGUUGAUAUCCUUGAUGCAUUGACUAAGGACUUCUUCGCUCGUAAAGGUAAUCCAAUUGAAGACUCUGGCGAUAUGGGUGAAGUAGGACCUCCUACAGACAGGCCUGGAUACGAACCAGUGUCCUCAACGCUAUGGCGUCAACGUGAAGAAUACUGCGCUCGACUAAUACAACAAGCGUGGCGCAAACACCGACAGCAUAAGGAUUUUUCUUCGCUAUCUGGAACAGAUUCCCAAGAAGAUAUCAAGCAAGCAGAUACCGCCGUCCUGGUGGAAAGUGAUGGAUAUAUAACAAAAAACGGCCAUAAGGUGGUGAUUCACUCGCGAUCACCAUCGUUGACGUCACGGUCCACAGAUGUGUGACUGAAAAAGGCGAGUAAAUAAGUUGUUGCUUUUUAUCUACUAACAGGAGCCAGUUGUGAAUAGCCUUGCUGGAAGGUGGCUGGCAUGACGGUCGGCUGCCAGGUGAAAAGGCUUGGCUAAAUCCCACAAGGCUCUGGCAUUAGCUAUAUUUAAAUCCGCCAUUAACGAACAGUUUACCUUUUGGUGUUGGCGGUUGGACCACUCUUGCUCGGGAACACUUCACUCCUAAUGCCUUGUUGUUUAAGUUUACAGUCCAACUGUCCUCAUCAGCUUCCCGAUCUUCGAGUGCCGCGCCCUCUGUGCAGAUAUUACUGGCCUAAGUGAUUCACUAUAUGUUUAUUUUUGUAUUUAACAUUCUGAAUGAUUAUUAGGCCCUUAGUUACCCGUCUUGGUACUGCUGCUGGGUUCAAGCGAGGCUGGGUGCGCCUGCUCUUCACGACUAUCACUCUUAGUUGGCGCGGAGGUGACACGAAGCCUGAUGACACUGCCACCCAUGGCCGCCCACACACGCCCACGCUCACAGUAUUGUUAACACCCGGUGUAUGAAGCACCGACAACACCACAUCCCAUCCCCGAGGACGGCCAGGGUGUGCACCAGACCGAGGCAGCAGUAAAACAAACGGAAAAGUGGGAAGAAACAAUCCAGCGCCAUGAGGGGGUUGUGUCAUGGAGUGACUGUGUACAUACGUUGCGCAGGCGGGCGGAGUGGUGCUUAGUGUUCCUACGUGACAUGGAAAGGGCUCGUAGAAUGCGCAUAUUCCAUCGGCAACAAUAUGAGUUCUCAGCAAGUAUUAGAGAGAAAAAUAAAACACCAACAGCAUAAUUCAAACCAUACUCAACAGUGUGAUACACAAUGCCUUUAUAUAAGUGCAAGCCGUGCAUAAUGUAAAUAGCAUGGAGGAACUUGUAUUGUAAAUGAGUCUUAAGAUCGCGCCACCCAGCCCUAACCUCCAUCCUGCUACCUAACCCCACCCAUUGUUUUCCAAUCCUACACAUCCCUCUCCCGCAUCCUUCCCUUUGUUAAUCACCUUUUUUAUCUUCCUUUUCCUCCCAUCACCAUGAUAGUGUAUCGAAAGGAACCCUCUCAAUAAGGUUAUCCAUUCUGGUUGCUCAGCGUCUUGUUUGCUAUCGUCUCUACCUCUUCCUCGUGGUUUUUAAAGGAUAUGUGACAGUAUUCCUGCAAAACUUGAUCUUGCACUUUCUGAAGCACAAUCAAUGCUGUUUGUUGACUAUUUUAUCAUUGUGCAUGUCCAUACGUUCAUUAACUUCCCCGACGGUUGGACAUAGCCAUUCAUAUUUUCUGUACUGAGUGUAUGUUCACAGGCAAUAAUUUGAUGAUUUUGAACAGAAUUUUUUUCUCAGUCGUAACCUCAGCAUUUUCAUUGUCAGUUCACGGUUGUUGAGUGAAUGUUUAUGUCAACUUCCCUACGCCUGCUGUUCUUUUGAGGAGUGUGAGUAGUACAUUUACAUUCCAUCGAGGGAAUCGCGUUGGUGAUGUUGGUGCUGCGUGUCUCCUUCUUCCCCAUGCGGAGGCUCUGGCGAAUGGCGUCACCUAAUGCGAAAUCGCAGCAUUGCUCAAAAUUUCUCAUCUACUUUUUUCAGUGCCUUGUUUGAAAGUGUCAGUCGAUACAGAUGUUGGAGUGCUUACUAACUGUAACAGCACUUUUCCUCUCUUUUAAGUCGACGGUAAGAGCAAAUUUGAUUAUCAGCAGUAUCGUGGCGCUAAAAGAUACAGAACAAUCAGCAUGAUGAUCUUAUUAGAAAAUUAUAUGGCAAUAAAGUUGAGAACUGAAACUCGAGGAAGAGGUAAGAGGUCAACAGACAGACACGGUGCUGGUCUGAGGGCGGCGAGGGACGUUCUUCCCUGAGAGCGGUGAGCAGUACCCGCUGCGUCCUCUUCCCCCCCUGUGACGUGGUAUAACUCCGCCCCUCUCGCCUGCCGUGCCGCAUUCACAAGUCCUGUAGCCUGUGGUUGUUGAUCUUAUGAUGGGUGUCAGGCUUCAUAUCCCCAGUGUCUGUAUCUUGGGUUGGAAAAAAUUCUUAGCAUCUGCAUUAAUUCAGCAGAUAAUUUCUUGAUAGCCUAACCCUUCGAUACACAUCGUAACUAUGUAAAAUAAGGGUAUUGUUGAAAAUUUUACUAUGAACCUUCUCAAGUGAUUGGUUAUUAAUUGGAUUGUAUUCUAUGCCAUGAUAAUACUCCAGGCUUGACUGUGCUGGCGCGAGUGGGCAUGGUGCCACUAUGGCAGCCAAUCAACGAGCGACUCUGUUUCCCUCCAGGGCGGCACGCCGCCCCUUGUUUGUAGUAGGUGAUGGUAGGUCAGUGCAGGCCCCUGAGGGCCUCGCUCUCAGUGUAUUGUCCACCGCUACACCGCUCGGCCAUCACACGGCACUCUGCCCUCUCGACCAUACAACAACGGCUUGUAACUGCAGACACUAACUUUUAAGAGACAGUGCUGUGAAACUCCUUCAGAUUUGUACAUCUCUUUGUUUGCAACAUGGAGUGCCCCACCGGAGCUCACGGCUCUCCACACCUCAUCCAUAUUCUACACUAAAUUAUUCUGCCGUUGUCGAUGGGGCACUCGCAAGCACUCGGUUAUCAUUCUUUUGGUUAAUAUCCACUUGUGAUACCAAUUAUGUAAUAUUCAAACUGUUAUAUUCUUGAUAUACAAAUUUGUUUUCUAUUCUCAAGUUUGCAAUGAGAUGUAAUAGUUUAAAGCUACGCCCUUUUGUAAGUUAACCCGCGGAGAGCAAGGGAGACUCGCAGAGGUGGCGGCACCUGCUACACCUCUUCCCCACGUGUAGUAGGUCUGCCAUCUGGAGAACUUUGGUCCGGAUGAUGUGUAUAGGCACGAACGAUGCGCUUUUUUUAAGUCUAUCAGUUUUUAUUUUUUUACUCCCUUGCCUUCUGCAUUAACAAGUGUGUGACAACGACAAGGCUAUUUACUUCAAGCUUGCGUCAAAUUAUGUGGUUUGCGGAGAUUACACGAACGACAGCGAAUGAGUUGCCAGAACUCACUCACGACGUCGCCAGGACGGUGUUCUACCAUGGUGUUCCGGUUCCAUGAAGCUACUGUUGUCGUGUGGCUGUGGAGAUGCACGUUAGAUGACAACCGAGAGAACGCGGGCUUUGAUGGCUGCAUAAACUGAAAUUACCAAAUACAUGGAAUCUGUGGCGCUUUGGUAUUUGUAGAUAGUUAAGUUGAUCACUGACUCGAAGGAGACAGAUGAAAUAAACCAAAAAGAGAUAUCUCUAGAUCCAUGGGAAUAUACCGACUAAUAAACUGUGCCCUUGAAGAUCAGUCAAAAAUAAGGAACAGAUGAUGGUCCAUGUGCAAAAAUUGCAAGGAGAAUCACCAACAGAACACGAAGAUUCCCCAAGAAUACAGAAGGCGGUGAGAAAAUCCAACCACGAGCGAGACGCACUGAGGACCUCUUAACACCACUUCGGCAGUGACCUCUCUCACUCCUUCCUUGGAGUCUUCAUUCGUGCCAGGGACAUGGGCGAACGAGAGACCAAAACAAAUGUUCUCUUGUUGAUUUCGAUGCUCAUGUUGGCUGAUAUUGUAUUGGCCACCAUCGUCAGUGUCAGCCGGACUGCUGUAGCUCUGUUAUGAAUCGCCAAUCACUAGUUGACUGUAUGCUUCGUCAAUCUUUCAAAAUACUUACGACUGAAGGACUGAGUCCACUAAAAAUAAAAAAAAGGAUGUCAAGUUUAGUUUACAAAACACCACGCCAAGGAAGCUUUGAUGAUGGGAGGCACCGUCUCUUGGAGCGGAGAUUGCUAGAUGCUUGUACUAGUACCCUGCACAACACUCACUCAGCGCGUUAUUAUGAAAAUUAAGCUCUGGAAGUUUUCUUUAUCCAAAAACUUUAAGAAUCAUUGUAGCUUGCUUAGAAAUUGCAAACAAAAAUGUAUCAUGAUGUUCUUCACAUACUCUCAACAAUGUACCAACGAUCAUCCUGUGUGAGAACUUGGUGUUGUAGCCCGGUGGCUGGCAUGUAAAGUAUGCUGAUGUAAAUGUGCGACAUGUCAUGUAUACUGAUGUGCACCUCCUGACAUACCAGACAUACUGAUGUGUAGUUACUAACAUAUUAGUUACACUGUUGUGCUGAUGCAGACAUACCAAACACAUUGUGUAGUUAACAUACUGGAUACACGGUAGAGACGGUUAUAUUGAUGCACAGACAAUGACAUAUCGGGGACACUGUUGUGUGAUCAUUAGCAUACCAGUUGCCUUAUUUAGUUGAUAAAUGCUAGUACUCCAUGUUUCAGAUUCAGAAACUAGAAGUUCGUAUUUUUUAUUUAUAGUUACAUAGUUGCACAGUAAGAAAACAUUGCAUAUAGAUCCACAAGUAUAAUGAUGCCUAUUAAUUAAACAGCUGUGUAGUUAUUCUAAAGGAUGCCCCCGUGCAGCUAUAGACAUGCUAGUUGCACCAAUGCGCAGUCACUAUCAUUAUUAAUUUUAUGAAUAUUGGCAUAACGUUAUCUUCCUAUGCAAUGCUAAUAUUUUUUUCACGUUUUGAUUUUUUUAAUACAUUGAAUUAUAAUGCUAUUUAGUAAGUCACACUGCUUCAAGUAAGACAUAGUGGCAUACCGAAUACACGUUUCAGUAAAACACAAAGACGGCUUACAUUUGUACAUCUGCAGAUCACAAAAAGUGAAUUUUAACAGUAGUUAACUGGGUCCUCAGUUGUGUUGUUAGUAACAGGAACAUAUACUUCUUUUCAUUUCUAGCUAUAUAAACUCAAAGUCUGCUGUUCUGGUAUUUUCGUUUAGCACACAAAGUGUACUGCCAUGUUAUACUAACACACAUGGUGUGAUAUUCUGCUAUGCUAACACAUUGUGUGUCUUGUCUGCACACCAUGUAUACUGUUAUGUUGUACUAACACAAGGUGCGUUGUUAUGCUAUGCUAACACAUAAGCGUUUUGUCUGCACACCAUGUGUACUGCUAUGUUGUAUAAUUACAUUAGGCUCAUUGCCUUCAUAUUCCAUUUUAAAAAUGUGUUAUAUGGCUACAGUGCCACAUCAUGUGUAUUUACUAUGUUGUAUUAACACACGAGGUGCGCUGCUGUGUUAUAUCAGUACAUGGAAUACAUUUUUGCAAUGCUCUCACUCGCUGCUUCGAUGCCUUUCUUUGUCAGUUUUGAGAAUUAAUUGCCAUAUUAUACCAGCAGAGGAUUGCCUUGCUGACCUAGACUUAGAGUUGACAGUCAAGCACGUGAUCGGUGCUAUGGUAUGGCAGUGCAUCGGGAUAACCUAAGUUCAUCUCAAUUACAUGGCUAAUGUCAUGUCUUAUCUCAUGUCAUGGGGGUUUCGAUAUGUUGUUCUUUAGUAGUCCUGGUUUCUUAUCCAAGUUUUUGUUUUUUUGUAUUUUUUUUCCGAAUCUCAUUUUGUAUUCUGUAUUCGUUGUAUUGUUCUACGUACUGUUUAACAUGACAGGGAACCCGGUGUUAGGUGAUGGCUACAGAGAAAGGAAAAAAAUAAUAAUUAUAUAUAUCCGUGGGGAUGUAGUUACAAGGUAUAAUGCUGUGUAGUAUCUAUCACAACAGGUAUGCUAAUAAACUAUAUUUUCAUGGUCCCUCCAACGCAAAAUUAUUCGAAAGUCUGCGGGAGUGUACAUUGUUUGGCAUUCGUCUACGUUCAUCAUAGCAUUCAUUAAAUGAGGACAAAUCUAUGUUGAUGUGAGAGCGGAAAGGGUCUCAUUUCAAGGAAUAAUGAAUGUAACCUUUUGUCACUGCUCGUUAGGAAUGUUGACCAUGUAUGUUCCCGCAGCAGUGCAUGCGGCGCGCUUGCUAGACUGACCAGGAGAACCCGACCACUCUGUUAUGGUCUCCGCAAACACAUGCCUGCCGUUGGUAGCCAAGUGGUAUACUACUAAUAACCCUAAUAAACAAAUGGCAUUACUUUCAUUCUACAUUCAGCCUUUUUGCUUGCACUUUGUAUAAUGUUUUGAAUUUCACAGUUUGUACCAUAUUAUCUGUAAAUAAUACGUCAUCGAAUAAAUUUUUGAUAAUUUACC